AUUUGGCGGUAAGAGAAUUGCAGAGGUAGUACUGUGUAAAACAAUAUUUUAGGAACUUUAUAAUUAAUGUACAUAUAUCAAAUACAUCAAAUAUCAAUUGAGAAAUUUCACGGGUUGGUUUCUGUGUAGUAUGUUACUUUUGGUUACAUCUCAUUGAAUCGAGAGUUGUCCUAUUUUUUGGCGCGGGGCGUAGGCGCCGGAUGUAAACCAGAUAGAAAUACGGUGUUCAUAUAAUGUGUCUGUGAACCAAGAUACUGUUAAUAUCAAACUGGUCGUGUUCUAAUUUUGUUGUUGCUGAAUCAAAGUGCGAGAAUAUUAAUCUUCAACGGUCAACAUUUAAACUUCUGAACAGGAUUUUAACAGACAUCAUGGGUCUUUUGGAGGAUAAUGAGAAAAAUGUGCAGAAAAGAUACCAGGAACUCUGUUCUAAUUUAAACAUGGAUCGUGAAGCAUCGGAUCAGGCUUGGAAGAGCUACGAAACUAUACGACAGAAUUACACCCUAGAGGGAGACCAGCUGCAUUGGCUGGGUUGUGCACUGUAUGUAGCUUGUCGGAAGUCAACAACACCCACAGUGGGAAAACACAACACAUCCUUUGUUGAAGGAAACUGUGUUUCUUUAACUCGGCUUCUUAGACUUUGUAAAUUAAGCUUAAUUCAGUUCUUUAGUAAAAGUAAAAAAUGGGCUGACAUGGCUAGUAUGCCUCCUGAGUUUCGCAAUAAGAUAGACAGACUGGAGAGAAAUUUUGCUGUGUCAAUGGUAAUUUUUAAGAAGUUCCAGCCAAUAUUUAUGGAGUUAUUUCAAUACCCAGGAGAUAACCAACUAAAUCGACAACCCACUUCACGGAAACAAAGGAGUUUGCCUUGCACAUCAGCUAAAGUUUUUGACUUUUCAUGGACACUUUUUAUUUGUGUAAAGGGAGAAUCACCAGGAACAAGUGAUGAUCUUGUGAAUUCUUAUCAUCUUCUUCUCGCAUGCUGUGACCUCAUUUUCGGAAAUGCAUUAUUGGCUAAUCGGCGUGACAUAAUGAAUCCUCAGUUUCGAGGUCUACCAGAAAAGUUCUGGGAAUUAGAUUAUUCUCCUCCGUUGGAACCUCCAUGCAUUAUUGAUGAUUUGUGUCAAAGUCAUGAUGGCAUUCCAUUGGAAGCAAAGAGUAUUAAAGAGUACUGUUGGAAGACAUAUGUUAGAAGGUUGUUUGAAAAGAAGGUAUUGAAGGGUGACUUAAGCACCCUCACUGGUAUAUUAGAUCCAAAUAAUUUUGAGGCCAAUUUUAAAAACAUUAACAAGGUGUAUGAAGAACACGUGUUGAAUGUUGGUGACUUUGACGAAAGAAUAUUUUUAGCUGAGUGUAGGCGGUUGCGGGCGUUGCCGGGGGCUAGGCAGUGCCACUUGAUAUCAGCAUUAAACUCAUCUGAAAAGAGACCUGUGCUCAGAGCUUGGAACUCACAAGGUAAAGGUGAAGAUGCUAAUGCAGAUAUUGGAACACCAACAAAGUUGUAUGGAAUGGGAGACAUUUCAGAAAAGCUUCAGGCAAAGAAAAAUAACAACAUGCAGCAGUUAGGGAUGCAACAACUUGCCCCCUCUACUCCUCUGUCUGGAAGAAAGUAUCUUAAGAGCAAAGAAGCACAUCCCAAUAUUACACCAGUCUCUACAGCUAUGCAAGCUGUAAGUAGACUGCGGACUCUACUAGUAGGACGACCGUCAAGCCCCAGUGAAACACUUCUUGCCAUUUUUAGGAAGUGUAGCAGAAACCCACAGGAACGUGUGGAAAAGUUGGUGAGAGAUUUUGGUGAACAGUUCUGCACUAGUUUUCGUCAAUCCAAAGAUGAAGAUAUUGACUUUGCUCCAAAACGUCUGCAACUUGGAGAGAGUCUUUAUUAUAAAUUACUUGAAAAUAUAUUAGAAGACGAAAAAAAAAAGAAGCCUGCAGACUUCGAUCUUAGUGUUCUGCUGGAAAAUGAUGUUUUUCACCAGUCUUUAUUUGCAUGUUGUCUAGAAAUAGUAAUCUACUCGUAUAACUCUCAGAGGACUUUUCCGUGGAUACUGGAAGCAUUUAAUUUGUGUCCAUUCCAUUUCUAUAAAGUAAUAGAGCCAAUAGUUCGUGUAGAAGACCAGCUGUCCCGUGAUAUGGUGAAACAUUUGAACCAUAUUGAAGAGCAGAUCCUUGAAUCAAUGGCUUGGAAAAGUGAGAGUCCAUUGUGGGAAAAUAUUCGUUGUUCUGGAUUGCCAGUUCCUUCUUGUGAGGAUGCUUUCCCUCCAGGCCAACUUGAUGACUGCCCUUGUGGAACAGAUUCUUCUCGCCGAACUACGAAUGAUAGAAUGCCUGUUGGGAGUGUGGCAAAAAAACGCCUCUUUCAAAGUGAUAGUGUUCCUAUGACUAUGGUUCAUCGACAAGUGAAACCUGGGCAGUCACUUUUGCAAACUUCCAAACCUGUUGCAAUUAAUCUGCAGCCUUUAGAAAGUGAAAAUGGUAGAUUUAGUCCCAUUUUCUAUGUCCCAGGCACUGGAAGUGUCAUAAUUCAGACCCAUUCGGUGCAAUCACGUCAGCCACCCCCUCCACCAAAAGAGAAGAAGGCUAAGCGUGGCGAUUCCUUGGGAUUGUUCUUCAGAAAGUUUUACUCGUUGGCAUCUGUGAGAAUGCAAGAACUAUGUGCUCAGUUGGAACUGACAGAUGCUGAUUUACGGAAAAAAAUUUGGACUUGCUUUGAACAUACUAUUGUAAAUCAAACUGAUUUAAUGGAAGACAGACAUCUAGAUCAGAUAUUGAUGUGUGCUGUGUAUGUCAUAUGCAAAGUGGCAAAGAUUGAAAAAACGUUUACUGAGAUUAUGCGCUGCUACCGUCUGCAACCUCAGGCAGAUUCCCAUGUUUAUCGCAGUGUACUCUUGUGCAAUAAAAGACGAUGUUCCAAUAAUGGUACAUCCAAUUCAAGUAGUCCUGACAAAAGCAAAGAGGAUAGCAGGGACUCUGGAAACCUUCCUGCCAGUCAGCCUUCAGCCCCUCCGACUCCCACUCGCCUUGCAGGCACAUCAAAUAGUUUUGAAUUUGAAGAUCGAGGUGACUUAAUAAUGUUUUACAACACUGUCUAUGUACCAAAGGUUAAAGGAUUUGCAGUAAAGUUUUCUUCAGUUGGCCAACAGCCUGAUAAUUUGACUCUCUCCCCACUUCCUUUGGGAAAGAAUCAGCCCAUGUCUCCAUGUCGACGAAUUUCAGAGAAGCAUGCAGUAUUCAUUCGGUCAUUGGAUCAACAAAAGACAAUACCAACUUCUCCCUCACAACCUCUCAGCUACUGUUUUAGUAGGAGUCCAGCAAAGGCAAUUCAGAUUGAUAGUUUUGAAUGGGCAAGUGAAGACAAUCUCAAAAUGAAUGAUCAAAUGAAACUUAUUGUGAAAAUGAAUGAAGCGAUUUUUUAUAAGAAACUUGUUUGA